AUAGCUGCUUCAAUUAUUUAUUAUAUUUACACAAACCUUUACGUUAGGUACAUACUUUCAAGGCAGAUGAAGUCAAUAGUAAGAUAGAUCUACUUAAUGUAAAGGUAACCUACUUAAUUGCACACUAUAAUAAGGUCUGUAAAGACAAGUGCUGCAAAUAAACAAACCAGAACGGUUUCUAGUCAUUUAAUUAUUAGAUCCGUUAACUUGUCUCCAUAGUAAGUAUACCUACCAUACCUACAAAGCAACUAUACUAUGAACCUAGUGCACAGUGCAGAAACAUAUUCCAUUCAGAGCUGACAGGCAAAGUAAAUUAUAAAAGAAAGUUAUAAAAUGAAUAAUAUUAAAUUAUGUAUAUUUAUUUUAUUAUUGGCGAUAUUGUGUAGUGAUAGCAAACGUUGGUAUUCAGCAUCAGUUACUGAAAGGGAUGAACAUUUCAAAGUAACAAAUUUUCAUGAUUUCAAUCCCAAUUUUACACAGGACGAUGCCCGAAUAUACAUACCCGUAUUGACAAAAAAUAGUGUCAAUCAUAUAGAUGAAAAGUGGCACAUUCCUGAAAGUCCUCAGUAUAAUGGCACAUUAACCAGACUGCAUAAAUGGAAUUUAAAUCAGGAUAAUAUUCAGUCUGGAAGUCUUAAACACCGAAAUACGAAUAUAACAACUUCAGAAAAAUCCACACUGAAGACGGAAGCAGUAAGAUCUUAUAAUAAUAACAUAAACAUCAUAAACGUAAUCAGGAGACGACCUAAUAAGAAAACUAUACGUAAAAAGUGUCCAAUGGUAAAAUACCACAGGGAAGAUAAAAAAUUAUAUUCAAAUCUAACAGACAAACGCAGAUUUCUGGAAGUAUUCGAGGUAGUGCAAUUUGAACACGUUUCUUGCGUGUCAAGCAGUGGACUAGAAGGUACUUGCUUACACGAGUAUGAUUGCCAAGCUUCUGAGGGCAUCCCCAUGGGUACUUGUGCCGAUGGAUAUGGAACUUGCUGCGUAAAUGAAUUCAAAUGUGACGAUCAUGCCUCUGCUCUUGUUGGAUGGUUUACUAAUCCAGGUUUCCCUUCACCAAGCAUGGAGAGACUGUCGUGUACAAUUACAUUGAGUAAAGCUUCCGAAGAUAUUAAACAGAUACGCCUGGAUUUUGUCAACUUUGAGUUACUACCACCAUCAGCUGGAACAUGUGAAGAAGACCAAUUUAUUGUAUCGGGACAAAAUAUUAAUAAUGUGAUACCUAUUUUAUGUGGUAUCAAUACAGGCCAACAUGCAUAUUUAGAGGUCGGUGAUGUGGACGGGCCUUUAUAUUUCUCAGUUCAAACUGUUUCUGCUGAAAACAGAUUGUUCUCUAUAAAGAUUACACAAUUGACGUCCUUUGACGAAUUGGCAGCGCCAAAUGGAUGUUUCCAAUUUUUUGUCGAAUCUCACGGCUACAUGGAAUCGUUUAAUUACCGUGACAAAUCAGAUAUUGGGAUACCAAGGUAUCAAACUUAUUUGAAUAACAUGAAUUAUGCAAUGUGCAUUAAACGUGCACCGGGAACUUGCAGCGUGACUUACAGCAAGUCAGAUAACAUGCAAAUAGUUAAUUACGAUACAGAUGGCUUGCCAGUUAUUCCACCUGGACAAGCAGGAGUGGAAAUAUUCAAUUGUCCUAACGAUUGGUUGCUUAUAUCAGCAAUAAGACUUUGCGGUGAUAGAUUAAACGACGGUUCAGUAUUGCAAGAUUUCUCUUUAGAUGCUUCCAUUACUGAUAAUAAUGGAGGCCCAAUUGUGGUUUGGUUUAGAUCAGACGGUGGGUAUGUUGGUCGUGGUUUUAAACUACAUUACCAACAGAAUACAUGUAAUGAUCGUGCCGUUUGAUUUACUUAAUAAUUUUAACCAUCGUAGUUAAUUUACGAAAAUAAAUAAAU